GUACCUCGCGUCAAUUUGGCUCAGUCUAAUUUCUACUCUCAAACACGCGCGUUGAUGCUGCGUACUAAUUCACUAGCGCUGGUCAUAGCGAUUGCUACCUUGGCAGUUCAGUAUGUGUAUGCCGCGUCGUGUGGGGUUAUCGAGAGCGACACCGACUUUCAAGGCAACGACUUGGCCAAUGCCCCCGCUAGUUCUGCUCAAGACUGUUGUCCGAUAUGCGAUGCCAACCCCAGCUGCACAGGGUUUGCGUUUGGCUGGGGAGUGUGCUACCUCAAGUACGGCACCUUAACUCGCAUAUCUAAAGUUGGCGUGAGUGCUGGCGCGAUGGCACCUACGUCGUCGUGUGGGGUUAUCGAGAACGACACCGACUUUCAAGGCAACGACUUGGCCAAUGCCCCCGCUAGUUCUGCUCAAGACUGUUGUCCGAUAUGCGAUGCCAACCCCAGCUGCACAGGGUUUGCGUUUGGCUGGGGAGUGUGCUACCUCAAGUACGGCACCUUAACUCGCAUAUCUAAAGUUGGCGUGAGUGCUGGCGCGAUGGCACCUACGUCGUCGUGUGGGGUUAUCGAGAACGACACCGACUUUCAAGGCAACGACUUGGUCACUGCCUCUGCCAGUUCUGCGAACGCCUGCUGUCCGAUCUGCAAUGCCAAUCCCAGCUGCUCAGGGUUUGCCUUUGCCCACGGGUCGUGCUACCUCAAGUAUGGCCCCCUGGUUCGCAUUACGAAAGUCGGUGUGAGUACUGGGGUAGCACAAGCAUCAACGUCCCAAUGUGCCCCCGUUGAGCCCAACGUCGACUACUUCGGCAACGACUUGGAGUGCACUCCGUCCAUCGUCACACCUGACGCGUGCUGUGCCAAGUGCACGGCAAACAGCCAAUGCCAGCUGUACGUUGUGUCCAGGUUUGGGUGCUGCAUCAAGUUCGCCCCGGGCGCUCGCCAAGUCAACCUCGAUCCGAGCUUGAACGCCUUUGCAGCCUUCCGAAGUCCCCCUGCGACGACGUUGAAGGUAGUGGAUGCCACAUCCUCCCCCGACAUUCGAGUGGACCCGAUUUCGUACUCGUACGUGGCAGGCGCCCAGUGGUUUCCUACGGCGCCGCAGGUCAUCACGACGCUUCUGGACAACCUCAACACUACUCUGUCCCGUCAAGUACACGGCGCCGAGCCGGAACAACUGAUGGUGGUCGUGGAAGCGGGCACCAACACCAUCAUGCCGUUCACGUCUGUGACGUCAUUAGGCGAAUGUGCGGCGCUCGUGGGGGCCCACGGCGAAACGUUCUUCACGUACUUGUCGGACUACGGCAUCUGUCUGGGCCACCAGUUUCUUGGCUCUUCGUCCAAGGCGCUGCUACGUCGAGGCGCGGCGCUAGCUCCGUCGGCUCCGGUGCUGUCGGUGGCGAAGGCCAUCCCCGUCGACUUUGCUCUCCCCCCAGCGAUGCCUGGGGCCGACGACAGGGCAUGCGUGUCAGCCUGCCAAGCCUCCUCCACGUCCCGCGUCUGCGCCGCGGCGACUAGAUCAUCCACCACGUGCGCGUUGUUUGGUCCGCUGGCGGCGCGCUCAUCGACUAGCAUCGCCGGGUGGCUCACGAGUGCGUUUGUGGCCACGGUGAAGCCCAACUUGCCCGUGUUUUCAAGUCCGACCAAAGUGCACAUUUACACAACGGCCCACCAGGACGACCACGAACUGUUCAUGUCCAACACGUUCCACUACAGCAUUGCCGACGCCGCGACUAAAGUCGUGUUUGUGUACACGACGGCGGGAGAUGACAAGGACGCGCUCGACUCGUGGCGGAUUGCGAGGGAGCGGGGGACGCUGGCCGUGUCCACGGCGUGGGUGGACAACCUCGGCAAGUUCAAUUCCAAUCCCAAGACAGAAACCGUGACCGUUCUCAAUCGAAAGGUGGCCAAGGUCACGGUGGGCAACGUCGUGCACUACUUUUUGCGCAUCCCAGAGUACGGCGUGGAUGGGCAGUCGGGGUAUAUGGAGCUAGUCAACAACCAGCGCCCCAUCGCUCCCGUGGACGACCCGUCGAAUCCGUAUGCAAAUCGCAACGCGUUCAAAACCGUGCUUGCCGCUAUCUAUGCAAGUGAAGUCAAUGGGAUCAAGACGGUCAAGUUUCACGCCCAAGACCCCCAAAGCGAACAACCCGACCAUCCGAUGCAUUACGCGACGGGGCAAUUGGUGUGGGAUAUUGUAAACGCUGCCGACUCAAAGUGGAAAACGUGUGCCCCCCAAGACUACUACUACGAUUACCAGCGCUGGUUGGACGAAGUAAAUGUGGACAAGCCAGUCGUGUAUGACCUCCAACGGUAUGCGUGGCUUCGUAUGAGCCAGGCGAUUUACUACUCCAAUUCGUCCGUUCUGUUUUGGUCCAUGCACUCGGAAAACCUCGGCCGCACGUACAUUCGACGCUCCGUCAACACCAACGCAGGACCUUGCUGAAGAUGGAACGACUAGACUGUGUAGAACGACAAAAUAUCACACGGGGGCGAUCCCAUUAUUGUAAACACUACUACACUACUGUACAAACCCCUCCUCCUCGAGAGGGCGGUACAUACGUGUAUGACGAU